AACGGUGAAACUUUUUUUUUUUUAAAAAAAAAAUAUUAUGUAAAAAAUAAUAUAAAAAAUAAAAUUUCACUAUUAUAAAUGAUAAAAUGGAAUGGAUUGAAGAAAAGAUUAAGAAUGAGGAUAUCCGAUAUUUUGAUUAUGAUCAAUUUAAUGAAAUCUCCAUAAUUGGUCGAGGAAGGUUCGGUAUAGUGAGUAAAGCUAAUUUGGCUAAUACGGGAUUGGUCGCAUUAAAAACUAUUUGUAGUGAAAAUUCAGAAGAGGAACAUAGUGAGUUUAAUGAUGAGUUUGUGAAAGAGUUGAAACUUCUUCGCGAGGUUGAUAGUCAUCCAAACAUCAAUCGUUUUCUGGGAAUAACAAAAGAUUCUGAGUAUUAUAUUUUGGUGUUGGAAUACGCUAAUGAAGGACAUUUAAAAGGUUACUUGAACAAAAAUUUUGCUUCAUUGAAAUGGAAUGAUAAAAUUCGAAUGGCAUUGGAUAUUAUCAGUGGACUGAAAUUUCUACACUCCAAAGAAAUAAUCCAUAGGGACUUGCACUCAAAAAAUAUAUUGGUAAACAAUGGAAAAUUAAUAAUUGCAGACUUCGGAUUAUCUAAAAAGUUGGCGGAAGUUAUAACUAAUUCAGCGGGUAAUAGAUAUGGGGUGGUUGAAUAUGUUGAACCACAAUGUUUUAAAAAUAUCAACUAUAAAAAAGAUAAGAAGUCCGAUAUUUAUAGUUUAGGUGUUUUAUUAUGGGAAAUUUCAAGUGGGCGUCGUCCUUAUUCUGACUGUCCACGAAAUUUACUUAACGAUCACAUUAGAGAAGGUAAUAGAGAAAAACCAAUUGAAGGUACACUUCCAAAGUAUCAAAAACUUUAUCAAAUAUGUUGGGAUGACAAACCAAAAUCAAGACCCGACAUUGAAGAAGUACAUGAAAUUAUAAGUCAAUUAAAUAUUGAGGAUACUUUCAAUCUACAAUUUCCGCAACCUAAUAUACACAAUAUUGAUGACAUUAGUAAAGAAAAUGAUCAUGAUGAUUUAUCUAUUUCUUCUAAUUAUUCAAAUCGAAUCGAUGCUGUCAAUAGCUGUAAUAAUGACGAUAACGUAAAGAAAUUUGAAGGAAUUUUCAAAUCAUCGGACUAUGAUUUGGAUAUAGAUGAAAGAAAACUAAAAUAUAAGGAUUAUAACAUCAUUUUAUGUGAAAAAUGUAACGAAAAAUUUUAUGGUUAUUGGUAUUGUAGAAAAUGUUGCAUUAACGAAAUUGAAGAAGAAAAAUAUCGUAUGUUACAUGGAAUAUGUAAAGGAUGUUCUCAAGCAAUGAACAUUCCCUGUUGGUGUCAAUCUUGCGAUUCAAAUAGACUUCGACUAGAUUUUGAUAAGUGGACCAGCGGAAAUAAUUAUGUUGAUGAGUUAAUAAAAGACAAUCAAUCUUCGGCUUAUAGCAAACAUAUUUUAGAAUGGAUCCCAUACGAAAAUUUUACAGACUUUAAAUUUAUAGCUCGAGGAGGCUUUUCUAUAGUAUACUCUGCAACUUGGACAAAUGGACGAAUCGAAAAAUGGGAUCAUGGAUCUAAUAUCUGGAAAAGGUCAGGAUCAUUCAAAAUUGCUUUAAAAAUAUUAAAUAAUUCAAGGGAUUUAAGCGAAGAAUUCCUAAAUGAGUUAAAAUUUUUGAAGGAGUUUUCCAAUUAUUGUUAUAAACAUAUAAUAGAAUGUUAUGGUAUAACACGAGAACCACUUACUCUUAAUUAUGCGUUAGUAUUUGAAUUAAAAGAUUGCGAUUUGCGUGAUUAUCUUAAUAAUUAUUAUAAAUCAUUAACAUUGAAAGACAAAUUAGACAUUAUAGAACGCAUUUGUUUGGGACUAAACUGUAUUCAUAGUUGUAAUAUAAUUCAUAGAGAUCUUCACUCGGGAAAUAUUUUGCUUUCGUCCAAAAAGAUAUCAGAUGUAUCUAUUUGUGAUUUUGGACUUUGUGGACUAGCGAGUGAAAUAAAAUCAGAAAAUUCAAAAGAGAACAUCUACGGAAUAGUGCCAUAUAUUGCCCCUGAGGUACUGCGUGGCGAUGAAUUUACACAGGCAUCAGAUAUAUAUUCAUUAGGUAUAAUUAUUAAUGAAAUAAUUUUUGGAAAUCAACCUUUCAAUAGUCGGCCGUAUAAUGAAUACCUCGCAAUCGAUAUAGUAUGUGAAGGAUUACGUCCAAACAUUAGAGAUAUAACGCCGGAACCUUUGAAAGAAAUGAUUCAAAAAUGUUGGGAUGAAAAUCCUAGAAACAGACCAAAUACUGACGAAAUUUAUGAUAUGUUACGGGAUUAUAUGUAUACAAAAAAUGAAGGAAAUAAGGAACAUUAUUAUAACUUCAGGAAAUACACAAAACAAUAUGAAAAAGCCAAGAAUUUAUCAUAUAAUUUAAUCAACGAAUUCCACGACUUUAUGACAAUAUUGCCAUCAGAGUCACAAGUAAGUCGAUCUUCAUCGAUUAUUAUUAUAGAAACAACAAAAACAGCAGAUUUUCUUGAAUAUAAUGAUUGUGGAACUGUUGUCCGUCUUGAUGGUAUGUAAUAAUGACUGCGCUUCAGGCUUGAUAACGGUUUCCGUUUCAUGUAGAAUGUAGAUAUAUGUAAUAAAAUUAAAUACUUUCCAACAAGCACAAACAUUUGAUUCUUCAUUAUAAAUAAACCGGUAAUACGAAAGUAGUGUAAAGACUAAAUUAUAUUAGUAUUAUAGUUUAGUGGCGCAGUUUAAUAUUUAUUUUUAAUAUAUAGGGAAAUUUAUAUUAAGAUAGUUUACUAGCAUUUUAGGUAACAAAUGGUGAGUAUAGGAAUAUGUGUUAUACUAUUAUAAAAGGUCAAAAUUAUUAUCGUGUAUCGAACAUUUU